AGGCAGCGUAAGCAAAGAGCAAACAAACAUCACUAACUAAAAAGUAACAUUCACUUUCACACGAGGUGGCUUCUGUCCUCUUCUUCCUUAUAAAACACCAAGUGCCCAUACGAAAUGGACACACAAAAACCCAUCAACAACAAAAGAAAACGAGGAGGAGCUCGCAAGCCUCUCCCUCAAACCCCAUCUCCCCAACCCCACAACGACGUCGUCGCCCCAGAUCACGACUGCGCGUCGGUUGACGCGCCGCCGAUGGGAAAAGUGAUGCCGUCAAUGGACGCAGUGGUAAAGGUGUUUUGUACUCACACGGAGCCUAAUUACUCGCUACCCUGGCAGCGAAAGAGGCAGUAUAGUUCAAGUAGCAGUGGGUUUGUAAUUGGGGGCAAGAGGGUUUUGACAAAUGCGCAUUCCGUUCAGCAUUUUACUCAGAUUAAGUUGAAGAAACGUGGGUCUGAUACCAAAUAUUUGGCUACUGUAUUGGCUAUUGGAACCGAAUGCGAUAUCGCUCUGUUGACAGUGAGCAAUGAAGAAUUUUGGGAAGGAGUAUCUCCUCUUGAAUUUGGAGGAUUGCCUGUAUUGCAAGAUGCUGUCACAGUUGUAGGCUACCCUAUUGGUGGAGACACAAUAUCAGUGACAAGUGGUGUUGUAUCUCGCAUUGAGAUACUAUCAUAUGUUCAUGGAGCUACUGAACUUCUUGGUCUUCAGAUAGAUGCUGCCAUAAACUCUGGAAAUUCUGGUGGGCCUGCCUUCUCUGAUAGUGGCAAGUGUGUCGGGAUUGCAUUUCAAUCCCUUAAACAUGAUGAUGCUGAGAACAUUGGUUAUGUCAUACCAACACCAGUAAUUUUGCAUUUUAUUCAAGAUUAUGAAGAGAAUGGAAUGUAUACAGGUUUUCCAAUUCUUGGAGUUGAGUGGCAAAAGAUGGAGAAUCCUGAUCUUCGAAUGUCUAUGGGAAUGGGGCCUGAACAGAAGGGUGUACGCAUAAAAAGGAUCGAACCUACUGCUCCAGAAUCUCAUCUUUUGAAGCCAUCUGAUGUUAUCCUUAGCUUUGACGGGGUUGAUAUUGCUAAUGAUGGUACAGUUCCUUUCAGGGAUGGAGAACGCAUAGGUUUCAGCUACCUUGUUUCCCAAAAAUAUGCUGGAGAUAAGGCUCUAGUUAAAAUUCUCCGUAAUUCUGAGACACUAGAGUUUGAUAUAAAACUUGCAACUCACACAAGGCUUAUACCAGCGCACAUCAAGGGAAAACCACCUUCUUAUUACAUAGUUGCUGGAUUUGUUUUUUCAGCUGUGUCUGUCCCAUAUCUGCGUUCAGAGUACGGAAAGGAUUAUGAUUUUGAUGCCCCAGUGAAGCUUCUGGACAAGUAUCUACAUGGAAUGGCACAAUCAGUUGAUGAACAAGUAGUUGUUCUUUCCCAGGUACUUGUGGCAGAUAUCAAUAUUGGCUAUGAAGAGAUAGUCAACACCCAGGUUCUUGCUUUUAAUGGAAAACCUGUUAAGAAUCUGAAGGGAUUAGCUUAUAUGGUAGAGAACUGUGAUGAAGAAUACAUGAAAUUUAAUCUCGAGUAUCAACAGAUUGUGGUCUUGCAGACCAAAAAAGCCAAGGCUGCAACAACAGAUAUUUUAACUACUCAUUGCAUACCUUCAGCCAUGUCUGAUGAUCUCAAGGCAUAAGAGAAGAAUGCAUUAGGAAGUUGCAGGAAGCAAAAAUCAUUAUGUAGAGAUCUCUUGUGCUAUAUAUUGAGAUACUAGUCAGAACUUAGCAGAUAUUGUCCACACACACACACACACACACACUCACACAAUUGACUUCAGUUCAUGAAUAUGACUUGUUAAUUUUUUUUAAAACAAUAAAUUUGGUUAGUACUCUAAAUAUCUAAUAUCUAUUAAUAAUUAUCAUAAUAUUGUGAACGUAGACAAAGGACGUCCAGAGGUCAUUUCGGUGGUGUUGCUUACUGGCUAUAGGUUUUUAUGUGUUUCUGAAUCGUGUUUUGUGAUGCUUGAUUCUCAGCUUGCACGUAAUUAUGUUGGGAACCUUCCAUUUAAAUGUUUCCCUAUAUCUCAAGGGGAUAUAUUUGGUGUAA